UGUAUUUGUAAAAUAUUUAUAGGUUAUGAUAUUAUAAUAGUAGGAAAUUCUUUUACUUAUGUGCCAUGGCUCCGAUUUGAAGUUGGUUUUGAGUUUUACUUGGCGUUUCAUGUUGUGCGAAGUUAGUUCGUCAAGAUGCAAAUUUUUGUUAAAACCCUUACGGGUAAAACAAUUACCCUUGAGGUUGAAUCAUCAGAUUCUAUUGAAAAUGUAAAAUCCAAAAUCCAAGAUAAAGAAGGGAUUCCACCGGACCAACAGCGUCUUAUUUUUGCUGGUAAACAAUUGGAAGAUGGCCGCACACUAUCUGAUUACAAUAUACAGAAAGAAUCAACUCUACAUCUAGUACUCCGUUUAAGAGGUGGUGCUAAGAAACGCAAGAAAAAGAAUUAUUCCACACCAAAAAAAAUCAAACACAAAAAGAAGAAGAUUAAGUUAGGAAUUCUUAAAUUUUAUAAGGUUGACGAGAAUGGAAAAGUGCAUAGGUUGAGGAAAGAAUGUACUGCUGAAAACUGUGGACCUGGAGUAUUCAUGGCCGAGAUGUCCAACAGAUUCUAUUGUGGAAAGUGCAGUUCUACCAUAGCUAAAUAAAUUGUAUUUUCAUUUUAAGUACAAUACAGUUUAUUUACAAAAAAAA